AUAUGAUGCUUCUCUCUCUACGACUUUUAGAGAGAGAGAGACGACAACGAAGACGAUGGUGGUGCCCUUGUGAACGAUUUGAUAAUUUUCCAGGAUUUCCCUCUCUGUUUGGCGACACGCGGCUUGUCUCUGUUUCGCGGAUUGAUCCAAAACCUGGGAAAACGCAGAAACCCAGAAAAGGGUUUGAAUCGGUUUUCCUCUUUUUUUUUUCGUGAUUUUAGAAGUUUGUUUUCCAGGAAAACAGAGAGAGAGAGAAAAGCCAUUAAAGGCGACAAUUUUUCUCACUCUCUCUUUCGUUCCUUCUGGAUCGCCUUUUUGACGGCUCCUACGCCUUUUUGCGGCGAUUAUUUUCACAAAUCUCAGCAAAUUUCUAUGAUAUCUCAUCGAUUUUAGCAAACCCUUGUCUGCAAUUUCAUCCCUUUGUCGGUCUUCAAUCCCCAAAUUCUAUUCAUUUCCUGAUUUUCCCCCUCUGCUCUGCGUUUUUCCGCUCCGAUCGAAUCGGAUGGGUUGUGCGAGCUCGAAGCAGCAUAAACGUUGCCGCCAUUGCCGGCGAGGAUUGUCUCCGGUGGUGGCGCCAAGAAGCUAUUCGAUGCACGUUCAUCAUCCAGCGACCCACACCGGAGACAGCUACCACAUGGUGGCUCUCACUUCCUCAACCAUUGGAUCUCUCAACCUAUGCGACACCCCUCUCGGACAUAACCACAAGGACUUGGAAGACUUCACCGCCAAGCUUCUCUCCAAAGACGACAAUGGAGACGAGCUUGUGGUCGGCAAUGGGUUUCAUCACGGUGAGGGAGAGAAAAAUCCAGAGAGGGGUAAGGUGGUGAAUUUGGAUCUGCAGGCUAAGCUAAUGGAGGCGAAGGUCUGGUCGAGUAUGAUGAACAAGAAGAUACCGAAAAUCGUGCCCAAAACGCCGGUGGUGACGCCUCCUGGUGAGCCUGAAACGAUCAAUACCUGGGAAUUGAUGGAGGGUCUUGAGGAUAUUAGCCCUUUACGAUCUCCGAAUCACUUGAGGAGCUUCUCUUUCGAUAUUGUACGUAGCCCUCCAAAGGGUGAUCCUGCUCCAUUUGAUCUUCCCAAGUCGAGGUUCCACGAAAAUGGGAAUGCUGAACCAAUGAUGUUUCAGAUGGAGGAAGAUGAAGAUUGCAAUUUUCUAGAUUUCGACCCGGAAAUCAUUUCCUCAUUCAGGAAGUCUCUCCAAGAACUCCCACCUGACCAUCCUUUUCACAUCCGGAUUCCCGACAUGGAAAAGAAUCCAAAUGUGGAGUUCUCCGAUGAACAAGAAGGUCACAGUGAAGAAGAAGAGCCCGGAACUCACGAUGAACUGAUCUGCAAAAGACCGUCUUUUGGCAAAGACAAGGUGAUUCUCUACUUCACAAGCCUAAGAGGCAUAAGGAAGACGUACGAGGACUGCUGCCAUGUCCGAGUAAUACUGAAAGGCCUGGGAAUUCGCGUGGAUGAACGAGAUGUGUCGAUGCAUUCAGACUUCAAGGACGAGCUGAAAGAGCUAUUGGGGGAUAAAUUCAACAGUGGCGCUGGAGUAACCCUACCAAGAGUUUUCUUGGGGAGGAAGUAUCUCGGAGGAGCAGAGGAGAUACGGAAACUGAACGAAGACGGGAAGCUCGAGAAGCUUCUAGAAGGCUGCGAAAGGGCCGAAGACAUAACCGGGUAUGAGUGUGAAGCUUGCGGAGAUCUCAGGUUUGUACCAUGUGAUACUUGCUCAGGUAGCUGCAAAGUAUAUUAUGAAUGUGAAGAUCAUAAAGGAGAAGAAGAAGGAGAAGAAUAUGGUAAAGAAGAAGAAGCAGAAACAGAGUAUGGAUUUCAGAGAUGUCCUGAUUGUAAUGAGAAUGGACUCAUCAGAUGUCCUGUUUGUUGUGAUUAGUCCUUUGAAUUCAAAAAAAAAAAAAACACAACACACACUUCAUUUUUUUUGGUUUACUAAAUUUCCAUUUCAGGGGAUUUUCGAGGGUUUAUUGUGUUGAGAGUUUGUAUUGUACAGUGAGAUCCUGAAAAAGGGGGAGAUUGGUUUUUUACUGUGUAAAAUUGAAAAUAGGAUUUGUAUUGAGUGUUCCAUACCAAAACAGAACAGAACUUUACAUCAA